GGUCACUUCGAGGCCUUCAUCACAGAACUCCACCAAUUAUUGGCCGAGGAACUGUGCUAUCCCUACCCCUUGGAAGGCGGAGGGGCCCCUGAAGAUAUCUGGUGGCUCUUGGUGGCUCUAAAAUGGUGUGUGGUCUUCACGGUGGUGGAACUCUCCGGUAAAACUAUAAAAGGCAGGAAGGCUCUCAGAGACUCACUGGUGGUCACUGUUGACGCCUAUCGCAGGUACGUCGGUUCUCUGGCUACGGGCUUUGCCCGUAGCUUCUCCAAACAAGGCCCUCGAGAGGAGCCGGUCGCUACUGGUCCCUAUCUGCCUCCUGUACCGAGUCCAGUACAGGCUGGCCUGGUGGGUUACCCGGGAUUUGCUAAGGUACCCGAUAGCGCUGCUCCAAUGGUGAAGGUUUCUAUCCCUCCCGAGCAACCGGGGAAUGCGGCCGGUGUGCAGCAUGGUACGGCUAAUGAUGCCUCACUCCUGUCCGGACACACGUCUGGUACGGAAUAUGUUUCGGCUCUGGGCGCACCGAUCGGCGGAUCCCGUGAUGAACUCUUCUUUAAAGGGCAUCGUAGAGCGAAGCAAUUGGCUGAUGUAUCAGGCAUCGAGCCAUUUGAUGGUAGCGGGAACGACUUUAUCCUGUUUAUUGAGAAACUUACGGCAGCGUUGAGAUCAUCUCCGUUCUGCUCCGCGGCUGCCAGGAUUGAGUUCGUCUUCUUGCAUCUAAGGAACCCAGCACUGACCGCUAUAAGGCAAAGCGCGGCUAAUGCAGGCGUUUAUGCUCUACCGGACGACCUCGCCUAUGCUAAGCUCAUUGACAUCUUAAGGAAUAUGUAUGACUCUCCCCUAGCAAGGAGAGCUGCCAUGGAGGCAUGGCAAAGCCUGGCUCAGCGCAAGGAUGAAACUGUUAGAUCAUAUAUCAACAGAUUUGAGGAACAACGAAUAUUACAGGAAGCACGAGCUGGUAAGCUUGACGACCUGACCCUCAUCACCAAGUUCUCUAAUGGCCUCAAGAGUGCGGUAGCACAAGCAGCACGAGCGAUAGCAGACCCGUUGACGAGUCUGACAUACCGACAGUAUGUUCAGACGGUCGGUAACUACUCUCGUAGCUUUGAAGAUGCACGAGUGGGCAACCCCCAGGCUAUGUUGCUGAAUCCUACUUCGACACUGGCUGAAGCAACGAGGGGUAAAACCACAGGGUUCGACAGGGUACAGGUCAUGACGACGAUGACACAACGAGCUAGAGAGAAGAAGGAUGCUAUCGUUGUGAAGGUUUGGGACAUGUAG